AUGAGUGGCAGGAGUGGCUACGCGAACGGCUACGGGUACUCCGACACCAGCCGCUACGAUCGCGGUGACGGCGGAUAUGGCAACAAUAGCAAUCUGGGUGUGAAUGGAUAUGGCGCCGGCGGGGGAAGAGACCGGCGCCCUGGAGGUUAUGGCGGAUUCUACCCAGAAGCAUCGCAACAGCCCGCUUUGUCACCCGCCGCUUCGCCGGAGCGGCGCCGCGACAGAUACGACCGAGAUGACCGCUCCUACUCCUCGUCGCGAUCACGGACACGUGGACCAGACCCGGAGAGAGAAAGGAGAGCCCAAAAUCCAGGUGACGGGAGUGGGAGGUCUCGGAGAGAACCCAGUAGGCCAGGAAAUACCAGCAACCAGGGCGGAGAGCGGAGGGCUCCCACUGGCGGGAGAGCACAAGCUGUUGAGGAUGUUCUACAUUCCAUCCAGCGCGAGUGGGAUUUCGUGGCGACGGACAACUGUGUACCGGUGCAGGUUGCUCUGCAAUUGAUGGACACCAGCACGCUCGGAAAGGCAGAGCGCGAGCCCGAUUUCCUUAAUGUACAUCAGACAAUUCAGCAGACCCUCAAAACCAUCGUCAAUGAGCACCACCAGGGCUUCAACAGUUCCAUCGGGACAUACCACAAAAUCCAGGCCAGCAUACAAAGCUCCCAAGGGCGAGUCCGAGGUUUGAAACAUGCGCUAGAAGACGCGAAAGGUGGAUUGAUGUCUACAAAGCCUGAGUUGAAGGAGUUAGCGACAUCUUCUCAAAAAUAUGACGACAUAAUCCAGUUGUUCAGCCAGAUCCAGGAAAUCCAGUCUCUUCCUGAAAAGCUUGAAUCUAGGUUAUCUGACAAGCGGUUUUUAGGUGCCGUGGAAGUGCUUCAUGACGCCCUCCGGCUUCUACGACGCUCAGAGCUUGAGAACAUUGGAUCUCUUGGCGACAUUCGUGCAUAUUUCGAAAACCAAGAGUCUUCUAUAACUGAUAUCCUAGUCGAGGAAUUGCAUGAUCAUCUUUACCUCAAAUCACCUUACUGUUCUGAUAGAUGGAAGCCCCCAACUCAAGAGUCGGACAGCACGGGUAUGAAUGGGAAUGGGGCAGGCUCCUGGGAGCGGCCUGUUUAUGGAUUUCUCGCAAGGCUUGAUGCGUCCACACCCAUGGUGGAAGACGCCUCCCGAAAUCCCGAGGCCGACACUUUCUCUUACCUUCAACUUCUUAUCGAAGCUCUGAACAAAAUGGGUCAUCUGGAUAUUGCAGUUCAUCGCAUCGAGCAGCGACUGCCGGUCGAGCUCUUCACGGUAGUCGAUAAAACGAACGCGGAGAUUGAUUCACGUUAUCCAACUCCACGAGGUUCUAUGGCGCAAGAUGGAAAGACCGACUCCCCGACGGAAGUGAUCGAGAAGCGGGGCCAUGUUCUAUCCGAGUUCCUGUGGACGCUCUACGCGAAGUUUGAAUCAAUUGCAGAGGGGCACCGUGUCAUUCAUGACGUGAUAGCAGCCAUUGUAGAACGUGAGGGUAUACCAAAAAGCAGCUCCCUGGCUGGUGGAUUUAAGGAGCUGUGGAAACUUUACCAAAGCGAGAUCCGGUCGUUGAUGCAUGAUUACUUGGCUACUGACGGCGAUUCCAUUAGGCCAGUAGAUGAAGAGGCUGAUGCGCGGCGUCAGCUCUAUUCGGGAUAUAGAGACAAGAACAAGAAACUAUUCAAAUUGUCCGAGGCUGGCCGUACAACGGAGAUGAAGGCCGAACAAAACGAAUUGGACGAAAUCCUGAGGUCUUCUGUUCCUGGUCUUGUAUCCAAAUCGGAGGAGAAAUCAGAUGAAAGUCGACCCUCGGACGCUCGGCAGGGUACCGGCCACAAGAUUCUUAUUGAACCUAGUGUAUUCAAUAUGAGCCUCCUCUUACCGCCGUCGCUCUCAUUUAUCCAACGACUCAAGGAUGUUGUUCCCGUGGAUUCCGAUAUGGUGACUGGUUCUCUUACCUCAUUCCUCGACGAUUUCCUUGUCAAUGUCUUCUUACCGCAACUCGAUGAGACCGUCACCGAGCUUUGCACCCUCAGCUUCAUUGCACCGGAUGCUUUUACGGAAGACCCUCAAUGGUCGACAGUCUCACCAAAACCACUGUUCAAGGGGACGGUGAAAUUCAUAUCGAUUGUGAGAGAGUUCAGUAGAAUGCUAUCCAGUAUCCCUCACGAUCAAGCAUUUACGCAGCUCCUUCUCAGUCAAAUAGUGACGUACUACGACAAGUGUUGCGGAUGGUACAAAACCAUUGUCACAAAGGUCUCACCCCGAGGAAGAGGUGGUGUCCAGCUCAAAGCGGCAGCCGGUUUUGCUGAAACUGGACCAAUACGCGAUCUCGUCGUCGAACUAUGGCAGGGAUCGGAUCCCAACAAGCAGGAAGUUGUUGACAAGGAAACCGGUCUUCUGAUAAAACACACAGAUACAACACCGUUAGAGCCCCUCGACAUUAUAUCUGACCCAAAGUCGGUGGUGUCACUUUCCCUCCUUCAUAAUAGCAUGCAAUGGCUUGCUAGCAACCUUGCGAAACUACGACAGCCGGUGGUGGACUCACGACCAUCGCAAUCGGGGUCCGGGACGGCAAACCGCCGCUGGACGCUGAUCAGCGCCAUGAAGCCUAAACGCGAUAGUAUAAAUCAACCUAUAUACCUUCCAUUGAAUCACGAAACCGCAACCGCAUUCGACACCACACUCCAAUCAUUACGCGACCUCGCAGUCAUUUCAGUAUUCGCUUUACAUAUCGAUAUUAGAUGCGGCAUUAUCCAUAUGUUGACGCGGACUAUGGCCGGUCCAAAUCCUCAACCUAUUCGCACCUCAGAACCCGCUACUCCCGCCCCACCGCCUAGUGGUGGUUGCUGGCAUCUCCUAACGAGCCAGCCAACUGCAGCAUCACCAGCGAUCCUUGAGUUAAACAAAGAUUUGAUCAGUUUUGAUACGAAUAUUUCAACGUAUCUGGGAGCUGCCCAACGUCAAUUUAUCACCUCCGGUCUCGCUCAGUUCAUAGACCGAGUCUUCGUCUCUAGCACCCGCUACAUCUGGGCCAUGAAUGAGAACGGCGCAUUACGACUCCAACUCGAUGUCCUUGUCUUGCAGCAAAAUCUCAAGAACGUUAUAAUUGACACCGCAGAAGCGGAAGAGUAUCGUGAGGUUGUUGCUCUACCGCGAAGCGCCAAGUUCCUCGACUGGUUCCUAGAGGGGGCCGAGAAGGCACUCGAUUACGCGAAAGAAGAAAAGGAAUAUCUGGCCGCGAACCCCGGUAAGCCGCUUACUGUGGAUGGUGAGCCGUUCAGUUACGAAGAGCUCAAGGUUCUUGUUGACCUUUGCUUCUCGGAGAUACUGAGGGGCCCGAGAGGCGAAGACAACCGGGAGGAUUUCAUGGCUGCGAAGAAGGCCAGUGCAGACGCGCUACUAAGGUUGAGCGAAAUAAUGUGGGAUUCUAAAUAA